UCGGAGAGAGAGAGCGUUGUGGGCGCCGGAAAGAGCGGCGUGCGGCGGACUUUCUCCGGCACAGUCGUCAGUCGCCUGCCGGCAACGCCAUGACUCCGCAGCUGCUGUUGGUGGCCACGCUCGCCUGGUGCCUGGUGGCGCCCGCUCACACGGGCAUCAUCCUGACGGGAGUGGCGCCGGGAUACGAGCCCGAGCAGCCCAGCUUCAUGUACACAAACUUCGGCGUCGUGUUCGGCACGCGCGAGCUGCAGAAGCAGUACCAGUUCAACUCGGCCACCGACGAGAUCAACCACCAUCACACCGACAUCGUCGGCACGCGGGGUCGCAUCCGCGAGAACGUGACUCCGUACCAAGGGGAUCCCAACCGCAGGCCCACGCAUACCGUCGACCACAGCAGGAAGAAGAAAGCUGCUGAAGAUCCGCAGGCAUGGCCGUCUGGUGUGAGUCUUCUGCGUCACAUGGUUCCUGCUGGUGUCGUGUGGAUUGUCUAAAGGCGGACACCUGCAGCAGCAGCAGUGGCUGCUCUCUGCGACUUAAAAGGCAACAGCGCAAAACAAGCAAGAUAUGACCACUUCAAGAAGCACCAGUUGUCGGUGUUGAGGAUUUUUUUCAAGAACGGACGCACCAGAUAUGCAAACUGAGCUCAUCUACAACAGUAAUUUCCAUGACCUUUGGCACUUUUACAGGUACUAUUUUAAAAGUCUAGAAAGGGAUAUACGCGGAAGCACAGGAGCCAAAUCCGCAAACUUUCAAUAUGCAUGGCGCCCUUAGCUUACACAUUUUUGUCCAUGACUUUGGAUCUUUGAGCACCCGUAAGGUUAAUUUGGAAUUAGUAGUAUACAUUACAACAACUUAUUUCAACUGUAGCAACAUAACUAGCGAUAAUAAGUUUUGCGACAUCCUUGAUGCGUACGCAUCCGUGACAUGUUAAUAGAAGAGAACAUGAAUAAGGACCGCUCUAGGCCCCGCAACCAACAUAGGUCGUUUCCGAAAGAACGCAGUAAGAAGGAACACGCAUACGUUGGCCUUCCUUAUUCUCUACUUGUUCCUUCUAAACGUUGACAAGAGUCGGAAUGUGGAAAUUACGCGCGAUACCAUACCAGCAACACUGUUCCCUUUUGCGCUGCAACUAUGAAUAAUUUCUUUCAUGGGCUUUGUACCUAGCUGUCUUCGUUCAAUUUUAGGUUGGCUUUUGUUUGCCGGUUUGUUAAUAUUUGUUCCAUGUUGUCGAAAAUUAAAAAAACAGGAAUCGUCCAACAA